CGCGGAUCCCACCAUCCGUCGGUCGUCAUUCCCGAACAUCGCGUCGUCAUCCUCACUCCAGUUUCCAGAGGGUGCACGCGGGCGAAGCUACUCAGACACGCUGCACCCGAGCACCAGCGGCUACGGACAAUGCUCUCCUUAUGACUAUAUGCGCACUCCGUACGCCUCGCACGGCGCGCCGCGCGUGUACGCUGGAUCCCCAAUGGGCCCACAUGGCGAACACGCUCAUCGCAUGCCCAGCGGCCUUGUCGGCCCCGAACCAGAAUACGGCGCGCCUACCGGGAUGUAUAGGGCACCGUCCACCAGCGAAAUUCCCGCUCCGGUACCCGGUCCGAGCACUCGAGGAGCGAGAUAUGACUGCAGCUACUGCGGGAAAACGUUCAACCGCCCCAGCAGCUUGAAGAUUCAUAUCAAUUCGCAUACAAAGGAGAAGCCCUUCCAAUGCCCUGUCGAAGGCUGCGGACGUGCCUUCAGUGUUCUCAGCAACAUGCGCCGGCAUGCACGUGUUCACUCGCAGCCCAAGCGACCUCGCCGGGGCUCCCAGUCAAGCGCAGAGGGAUCCUCGAACCCGGUCACGGAGGAUGAGGAGGACGAGAAGCCGAUGGAGGCAUAGUCGGCCUUCUAAGGCCUGGCCGUCGCAAAGGCAUACUGCGGCCCCUUUACGACACCCUCAUCCCCAAGGCAAGCACUGCACCGUUGGAAUGUCAAUCCCUCCCGGCGAUCGCGUCCGCGCCGCAACUACGAUAACGACAUGUUACGAACCUACACUUACGCCAUGCCGGCUCCGAUAUCUCGGCACACCAUCACGAUCCACCUCAGCUGGCUUCGCGCGCGAACAUCAUCUCGCCGCAGCUCAGUCGUAACAAAAACCUCCUCAGAGCCAUCGUCUUCCGAAGACUGCAUUACUACAGACUCUCACGA